AACCCUAAGGCCGUUCACAUUGCCUGCGUUAAAGUGUGUCCUUGGCUCAACGCCACAUUUUUUUUCUUCUGGUUGGUGUUCCAACGAUCGAACUGCGGUGCUUGCUUUGCUCGCAUCGUGUUUUUUCCUUUUUUUUCUUGCUUAGAGCCAAGGCGCUAGGGUUCUUGCGGCGCGCCCGGGGGCUGGGCUGGAUCGAGCAGCGGUAGGGGCGGAAUCGCGGGCGGGGGAAGCCAUGGUGGUGAUCUGCGGCGGUGUGUGGGCGCCAUUGCGCAGGGCGAGGGAGGGCGCGCGCGAAGAAUCGCCCGCAUCGGCGCGGGCGUGAAGAAAUUGGAUUGGGGCGUGGCGCCGGAUCUCUCACUCGUUGCCGCGCAUCUGGAUCGGCGAUUAUCGCACUAUUAUAUUGCUAGUGCCAGGUUGUGCUUGGCGAAAGGAGGACGCGCCUGGGCAUUGGCAUUGGGAUUUUCUAAUCCUCCGCCAGCGGCUUAUAGGUCAUGGCGGCUGAAUCGCUUCCUCGGCUCCUAGACUAGCAACGAUGAAGGUCGCAAACUCUCACCAACACGUCAGCUCCUACGAGGAUGGCUUGUAUCGAUCGCACUCCAUCACCGAUGUCCUCAACUUUUUCAAGUGGCGAUCGCGGACGAGGGCGGUGGCUCCCGAGAAGCUGUCAUCGGGGAGCCUAGGUGCGGAUGAUGAGGGGUCGCCGGAUGGAGAGCCCAAGAAGGUAGCAGACGAGCAUCCAUCAAUGUCAGAGAGCGAUGGAGGGGAGUUUGAUCAUCCGAGCCUCCGAUUCGCCACCACGAAUGGCGAGCGAACACUUUCCAAUGGCGACUUUUAUGCUGGCUCCUGGCAAGGGAAUCUCCCCGAAGGGACAGGCAAGUACUUAUGGUCGGAUGGCUGCAUGUACGAGGGGGAGUGGGGGAAUGGGAUCAAGACUGGGCGGGGAAGGAUCUCCUGGCCAUCGGGUGCUACUUACGAAGGCGAGCUCCUGUGUGGAAAUCUCCAUGGCCGUGGAGUUUACACCGGAGUGGACGACACCACUUACAAAGGCUCCUGGAGGAUGAACUUGAAGCACGGCGAAGGUGUCAAGAGCUAUGCCAACGGAGAUGUCUACGAGGGGUUCUGGAAGGCUGGCUUGCAGCACGGCGUUGGGAGAUACAUUUGGCAGAACGGAAACCAGUAUGUGGGGGAGUGGAGGAAGGGAGUGAUGAACGGGAAAGGAGUUUUGAGAUGGAGCAACGGUGACACGUACAACGGGCAGUGGCUGGAUGGGCUCGAGCACGGCCAUGGUGUUUACACUUGGACAGACGGUGCGUGCUAUAUGGGAACUUGGAGGAAAGGUGUCAAGGACGGGACGGGGAUCUUCUACCCGACUGGAUACUUUCCGCCGAGACCACGGCGGUCUUUUGAGGCGCCAGCUGCGAGCGAGCUUUCGGGCUCGGACUGUCCGGCGUCUCCGAUGGAGAGGCGAUGGAGUCUCGAGGGUGGUUUGGAUUUGACACACUCGAAAGACUCGUCGCAAAAGAAGUCAGCUAUCGACACGCCUGUGCUUGAAAGGGAGUACGUGCAAGGGGUGCUGAUCAAUGAGAUAGUCAAGCAAGGAGAUGCCGCGUCACUUAAAGUUUCCAAGCGUCGGCAACGUCGGCCGGCCAAGCGGCCUGGGGAGACUGUUAUAAAGGGUCACGGGAGUUACGAUUUGAUGCUAAACUUGCAACUAGGAAUAAGGACUAAUGUAGGUAAAAUGACGCUUGACACUGCUCCAGACGUCUGCCCGCAGGAUUUUGGGCCACGAUCGGUUUUUGUAUUGAAGUUCCCGAGGCUAGGCUCACAUCUAACACCUCCGCAUCAGUCACUCGACUUUAAAUGGAGAGACUACUGCCCCAACGUUUUCAGGUCUCUACGUAACAUGUUUAGAAUUGACUCCGCUGACUACAUGAUGUCACUGUGCGGCAAUGAUGCACUGAGAGAGAUUUCUUCCCCAGGAAAGAGCGGAAGUGUCUUUUACCUCUCACAGAAUGACAAGUUUAUGAUCAAAACCAUGCGGAAGGCUGAAGUAAAGGUUCUCUUGGAAAUGCUUCCGAGUUAUUAUGAGCACGUUCAAUCGUCCUCUAACACUCUAAUCACGAAAUUUUUUGGUCUUCAUCAGGUUGAGCCUCAAGGUGGAAGGAAGGUUCGUUUUGUAGUGAUGGGCAACGUGUUCUGCACUGACCUUCACAUCCAUCGGAGAUUCGACUUGAAAGGCUCUUCUCAAGGCCGAUCCACUGACAAAGUUGAGAUCGACGAGAAUACAACUCUAAAGGACUUGGACUUGAACUUUGUGUUCCAUCUCGAGGCAUCCUGGCGGCAAUCUCUACUCAAGCAAAUAGAGCAGGACUGCAAGUUCUUGGAAUCACAAAGGAUAAUGGAUUACAGCUUGCUGCUGGGAGUCCAUUUUCGCGCUCCUCAGUGCCCUGCCGUCUUCUCUCCAGUUCCUUCACGAACUCCAGACGCGGCUGCCGAAGGUACAGACGGCCUGGACUCAAGCAAGCGAAGUGGAACUCUAGCAACAGCGGAAGAUCUGUGCUCGCUCCCAAAGACAACAAGGCUUCAAAUACGACUUGGUGUGAAUAUGCCCGCCAGAGCCGAUCGUUCUCACUGUGAUGAUGGAACUAGCAGUGAUGUCUACGACGUGGUUUUGUACUUGGGGAUCAUUGACAUCCUCCAGCAGUAUGAUAUCACCAAGAGAGUGGAGCACGCGUACAAAUCACUCCAGUUUGAUUCUCAGUCCAUCUCUGCGGUGGAUCCGAGGCUCUACUCGAAUCGAUUCCAGGAGCUUGUGCGGAGAAUUUUCCCCAGCAACGAUACCAGUGUCGUCCCCAAGUGAAAAGAGAACCGAAUUGGCUCGCGGGGGGGAGGAAGAAGAAGCCGUCGUGUACAGUAAGUAGAUCAGUGUUUAGCUAACCAGCUGGUUUUGGCUGCCAUUUUGUUCUUUCAAGUGACAUUAGGAGAGACUAGUCGAGCUAUGUACAAUUGGGAUGAGAAAGAAAGAAACCAAGUUUUGGAGAUGGAAUGUC